AUGCAAGCAUACAUUAAUAUUGAAGAAGAUGAACUUGUAGUUGACUAUACAGCUAAUAGAGACUUUUGUAGCGAUACUGAUGGUUCAUCCUCUUUGAUUGUAAACCUAAAUGAAUAUGAGAAUAUAAAUAGUGAAGAUGCCAACAUUGAUCUUUUUGAGAGAGAACUUAACAAUGAAUUUUUACAAAUUAAUAUUGAGGUAGUAAAUAUGGAAAUGAACAAUGAAUUGGCAAUAGAACAGUUUUUUGAUAUCGGAAUGUUUGAACAAAAUCAAGAUAUAAUUGAAAAUGAUCAAAUUAUUAAUUCUCAAAGACCUACUAGUAAUACUAAUGAAGAUUG